AUGAUUCGCUUCAUAGGAUGCUCUUUACCAGCUCGCGUUUUGCGGGCAAGUUAUCCAAAGAAUAACCGUUUGAUAACUGUCGCUAACUUUCACAGCUGCAUUAGACUUUCAAAGAAUGAACCCAAAUACGACGAUGCAGAAAUUAUAGGUAAACGUUUGACCAAAGAUAACUAUGUGGGAAAGCGUGACAAGAGCGAAUAUCGUUGGGAUGAUAAACCCAAUGCUCUAGCAGAAAAAGAAUACAUAGAUAGAAUGGAGAAGCUAGCCAAAAUAUAUGCUGUAUUCCAAGGUGUUUUACUUCUUUUAGGUGUUGGUGCCGCAGGAACUGCAUAUAUGAUGUGGCCACAAAUCAAAGGCUGGUGGCUAUCGAAGGAUAUACGUGUUAGUGAUGAUGUUAUAGAGAAACUAAAAGAAAAGAAAGAGCGUAAAAAGUUGGAAGAUAUUCCUGUAGUACCUGAUGAAACACCAGACAGUUCAGUUCCAGGGUUAUAUUAUUGGGGAAAACAAUUAGAUGGCGACUCAAACAACAGUUCUGUUUCAAAGUUUCCUUUAAGAGUUCCUUUCUUCAAUGAUAAGGCCUUAAGGGAUGUUGCUUUAGCCGACACACAAAAAUAUGGGAAUUUAGCUAUCGACAAGGAUGGAAAUCUUUUCCAAUGGGAUCUAAACAGAUGUGAAUUGAUUCUGAAAGAUCAAAAUUUAGUUACGGUCAAGAUAUCUAACGACGUCGCUUAUGCCUUGAACAAAAGUGGUGAUAUUUUGGUGAUCCCGUUAAAUGAUAGCCAGGCACGUCUGAGUAGAACCAGCUCCUCCAGAUCCUUGCUACUGCCUUGGAAAAAGUACACCAAAUACUCCUGGAAACUAGAUACCAAGUCUGCUUUUCAUUACCCUGGAGAAAGAAGGGUCACCUACUUUGAUGUCGGUUCCAACCACCUAGUUCUGCUAUCAAAUGCAGGUAAAGCAUACACUUGUUCUACAGGAGUUAAAACCAACCCUGACGAAAGAUCAAAAGGUCAGUUUGGUAUUCCCAACUUUUCACAGUUUGAUCCGUAUCCCACCGUGAACAAAUUAUACGAAAUUGAAUUACUAAAUAAAGGUAUUACAGGCGACCAUAUAACGUCAAGAUACAUUUCAAAAGUGGCUUGUGGUGACUAUCACACCUUAGCAAUUGAUUCGAAUGGUGAAUUAUUCUCUUUUGGAUUGAAUACAUAUGGUCAAUUGGGCCAAAAUAUUAGCUAUGAUAUGGAAUAUGUUCCUUUCCCAAAGAAGGUUAGUACUUUUAGUGGUCAUUUUGACAAACAAAGCUUCUUGAAAUGUGUAGAUAUCCAUUGCUCAGGAGAUACAUCAUAUGUUGUGAUUUCUUCUCAGGACAUUCUGCAACUAUUCAAACGCGAUAGACCGCUAGCAAUGGACGAACAGAGUGAUAUUACGUAUUUUGCAUUUGGUAACGGAAUUCAAGGGCAAUUAGGCAAUGGCCACUUCAAGCAUUCGCAAUCUGAUCCUACGAAAAUGAAAAUUAUCAACGAUUUCAAAGAUUCUAAUGCGAAAGUAGCAGACUGGUAUUGUGGUGGACAGCACACUUUUGUGAAGUUAAAGAACGGCGAAGUAAUGUGUUGGGGUUCUAACGAUUGCGGACAGCUAGGAAACGGCAAGAAGAUUAAAUACGAUAAACCAAAAGCUAUCCCAAAGUUGAUAGAACCCGGAGAACAUUAUGACAGUAAGAACGUGAGUACCUUAUACGAUGAAAAGAAUAAAUUAGUUCUUUCAAAUAAGCAAGAAAUAAGGGCAGGUAAGCACGCAUCUUGCUUAUUUUGGAAAGCAUAA